CAAUCACCGGACAGGAUUUAGUUGUCGGUGACAUGACGUCACGAAACCCUAUAAAGUGCACUGGAAACUCAGAAGAAUACAAAUAGUGUGCGUUUCCAAGGAAGGAUCGUCUUGGACCAUUCAGUAGGCAAACAACGUUUGGUGAUUAACUUUAUACAUUUAAGAAAUGGCUCGUACCAAGCAGACUGCGCGUAAAUCCACCGGAGGAAAGGCGCCGAGGAAGCAGCUGGCCACAAAGGCUGCGAGGAAGAGUGCGCCCUCCACCGGAGGAGUGAAGAAGCCCCAUCGUUACAGGCCCGGAACCGUGGCUCUGCGUGAGAUCCGUCGUUACCAGAAGUCGACCGAGCUGCUGAUCCGCAAGCUGCCAUUCCAGCGCCUGGUCAGGGAGAUCGCCCAGGACUUCAAGACCGACCUCCGUUUCCAGAGUGCGGCCAUCGGUGCCCUUCAGGAGGCUAGCGAGGCCUACCUGGUGGGUCUGUUUGAGGACACCAACCUGUGCGCCAUCCAUGCCAAGCGUGUCACCAUCAUGCCCAAAGACAUCCAGCUGGCUCGCAGGAUAAGGGGCGAGAGGGCCUAGGAACCCCCCCCCCCCUCAUGGCGUCGUCCAGACUAAUAAUCCUAUUUAUCAUACCUAACCCUUUUUUUGUGGACAUGUUAUUUCUUGGGUAUUUUUAAAAGGAAUGUUCCUGAUUUAUACUUUUAUUUUUUGUAUUUUUAGAACGAGGUAAAGAUCCGUCAUUCCACUAUUCUGGAUUUUGGGGUAUUGUUCAGUGACCCAUUGACAUAUCUAGGCGUUUCUGCCCGGCUUCAAACUGGAGGCGUCUUGGGGUGGGGGUGGGGGGGCGGUGGAUGGGGGUUGUGUAAUAGGUGUUCAGAAUGUGCUGUUCUCCACUUCUGGGGCGGUUGCCUCCAAAUGCCCCCCCCCCCCCCCGGUCACUCAUCAGCCGUCUCUCAUACUGUCCUUAAGCAGUUGGCUCCACACUUUCAACCAACCUCCUGACCCGCCUGGCUUUUGACCAGCUGGAUAUCUGGCUGGUGGUGGUCCAGGCGUUCACCACCUGUGUCAGGACCCUUUGUGCUACUGCUCUGGGUGGGUGAGGGGGGCACAGCAGGGAGGAUCACUGUGGUCGUUCAGGACUGCUUUUUACAUAUUACUUUUCCUACAUAAAAGAACCUUGGCAGCUACAUUUAAUACUGUUUAUGACGUGUUGUCACAUUGUAGUAUUUCUAUUAAAUGUCUUUACGAGUACAA